ACCGGGAACCGACCAAUAGUAACGCACCGGGUGCCGCGGCGUGGGCGGGGCGUCACCGCCCUCAUACGCGCCGACCAAUCACGACGCCGAGUUCGGGAAGCGAGGGCGGAGCUCCAGGGUCACCGACCCGCCGUCGCAGGCGCGUUCCCCGUUCGGCGCCGGUGGCGGCGGAAGCUGGCCAAUGGCGGGAAGGACCCGACGGCGCCGCAUCCGGUCAAGCCGGUCACCUGACAUCACAGCUGUCCGGCGCCACCGACACCACACUUGAGGACCUCUCUACCGGUGACGUCACCGAGGAUACCUGUGACGUCAUCAGCUCUGUGUCCGAACAGGCGUGGGACCCGUACCAGGAGUACAAGGAGAUCAGCGAGCCGGGCUCGGAGGCGGCGCUGGACCCGGCCGCCCUGCUGCGUUUUCUCGACUGCGACGACUACCGAAACUUCCUCGACUCUGUCUCGGACUGCACCUCGUCCCAAGUCAGCGGCACGCCGGCCGCGCGCCGGCCGCCGCCGCGCCGCCUCCGCAGACAGCUGCGCACCGCCAGUGACUCGGGCGACAGCGACACGGACUCGGACGAGCUAGCGGCGGCGCUGGCCGAGUCGCGGCGCCGCCUGCUGCUGGCCCAGAGCGAGCUCGGCCGCCGCGCCGCCCAGCACGACCCCAUCUGCUCCGGUGUUCUGGCUGCGUGCCGAUCUGAGCUGGGACGACUCGACCAGCUGCUGGUCUGGACCGACCCUGUGGGCCGGGGUCGGGAACCAGCAUCUCCCUACAUGAAGCCGGCAGUCGCCGAGAUAAAAGGCGUGAUUCAGGAGUGGGAGGGGCUGCGGACAGCGGCCUCCGAGCUGCAGCAGCGCGCCGACCAGCUCAGCCGCCUGCAGGCACGAGCCCGCUCGCUCCGGCACGCCCUCGCCUCUCUGGACGAACGGACGGCGCGUGCCGGCAGAGAUGUCGCCACCGUCGACGAUCUGCAGGCACGCAUCAGCGCCGUGCAGGCGCUGCAGCAGGAGCUGGCCGACCAGCGGCAGCAGCUGGCCGAACUCAACUCGGCCGUGCACGGUCACGUGACCAGAUGCGGCGGCCCUGUCUCGCUGAAGGAGGAUAUGGCGACGCUGUACCGUAUCUGGGAGGAAGUCAGCCACAGGGCUCAGUCGCAGCUGGAGCAUCUGUCAGCGGCCGCUGCCACCUGGCAGGAGUUUGAGGCGGCGCGGGCCGAGUUGGCUGCGGCGCUGGAUGCCGACCGCCGCCGACUCGGCCUUCUCCAAGCGGCGCUGGCCACCGACUCUGGUGUCACCGGCGCUAACGUCACCGGCGCUGACGUCACCGGCCGUGACGUCACUGAUCGGGCCCAGGCUACCGCUGCAGUGGACGGGGGACUGCCUGCGGACCUGAUCGGGCUGACCUCGGCCGGCUUGGAUGACCUCUCGGAGGGCACGUCAGGCUACGACAGCGCCUGCUCGGAUGACCUAAGCGAGCGCGAGCGGCGCCUGGGCCGGCUGCGCCGCAUGGCCGGCGAUCUCGAGGCCGUCCUCAGUCCCGGUGGCCAGGCCUGGAGCGACAUCAGACAUACGCUGACGACGGCCACUUCCGGACUGCGUGACCUGCAGCAGAGCUGCCGUGACCUGGUGCUGCAGACCACCUCCCAACUGCAACCGGGGGACGACCACGCGCACGGCAGCCCCGUCCUCCGGCGGAAGAGCUACGCGCUGACGCGACGCGCUCGGUCGCCGCUUUCGCCGGGCGGCCGCGGCCGGCGCGGCUGGCUGCGGCGCGUGCUGCGCGUGGCGCUGCCGGUCCAGCUGGCCAUGCUGCUCUGGCUGUGCGCCGCCUGCCUGCUGGAGCCCAGCUGCUGUGACGACCUCAAUAACCUGGCCAUGUCGCUGACGCCGCAGCUGCGCUACGUCGGCGGGCCGCCGCCCAUCUGAGCGGCCUCCGCCCGGCUCACCUGAGCUGCGAAGCUCAGUGGCGGGCCUACACAGCUUAAGAGCCCGCCUGCGCAGCUCACUGGUGCGAGUACGCUACGUAGAUAGUCAGGCUCCAGUAGGCGGUGCGGCGGACUUCGCAGUGCAUGCCGCGUGUCACUCUCGCCACCCGGUGGCGCCCGGCCAGCACUGCCCUAGCCGGGGCCAGACUGGUCUGAUCCGAGGUCAACUGAAUACCAGAGGCCAGUGUGAACCGUACUUAUCGACGAGCGUGCCAACAUAUGUCUUAGUGAACGGCCUUUGUUUGCCAGGAUAGCAGGUAAUUUAUUUUUAGGAGGGAUGCCCGAAUGUGUACCAGUGUUUACACCACGAGACACUGCCACGAGCCUCGUGAAGUGCUAGGUCAGUCAAAGACGGUUAGAAGCCUGCGCUAGCGACGGGAUUUGGGGGAGGCCCGCGUUAGUGGCGGGAUUAGGGGGCUGUCAUGCUUUUGUACACAGCCUUUGCUGCAGCGUUUUGAUAGCGAGCACUGUCAACGGAGCACGCGAUCUUCGUGUCGGAAUAUGUAAAGCCUCUGUUUGGCACGGUCCGUAUGUGGCCUUGAGACCAUACCCCGCAGCAUCAAACGCUUCGAAAAACAUAGCGGGGUGCGGUGGUGCCAUAACCAAGCGCGAGUGGAUCUCGCUCAGCCUUUGCCCCUGAGAGUUGACUUUUGCUCCCGAAGACUCUCACGCAUGCAUGCGGGUAAGUGUAAGAGGCGUGCUUUGUAAGCUUAAUAAGUGUAGCGCUAUGUUAGCCGCUGGAUUAUCCUGGCCCGUGUCAGCGCAUUGUUUCAGAAUCAGUUAUUACACGCUUUUGUAAAGCUCCUAGGGUGUAAAGGAGGCGGCGGCGUGCUUAGAGGAUCAUUGAGUGUGUGAGGCAUACCGCUUACCUUGCUUGGUAGUGCAUGACGUUAGCUUCCGAUAUCAUAGACUUGGGUGAAUGUAUGUACGUUACAGAGACUUGGCCUUGUGGCGAGGAGUUGGAGAUACGAGAGCGUGCCUCGAUUGUCUAGAUGAGCAGCUGCAGUUGACCAGCGUGUGAAAGUGUGAUUGUUUUAACCUGUCAUGUGCCUACGUACAGCCAGCGUAAGACCUAAUCUAAGCGCGACUGCUAGCAUAAGACUGGAGCUAAACUGUCAUGUUGGCACAUUGACAACAGUUCAGCUGUGUAUGGCGGGCUGUCGGCGGGAUGCUGGCAUUCAAGUGCCGUCUGGCAGCGCACGAAAAGGGUACAAACAGUCGGCUGUUCGACUUUCACUGGUUGGAACACGGUGAUGUGGGAAAGAGGCUCCCAAAUACGGUGGAUUUCCGAAUUGAUCACAUGAUGAAGUGCUUGGUCAUACUUUUUCAUUGAGUCCAUGCUGCACCUAGGUGGAUGACGUCAGAGUGUUAGUCGUCUUUAUAUGUUUAUAACGCCGAACGGACACACUGUCUUAGUCAUAAUACAUCCGUAAUUCGUUAUGCUCUUUUUUCGGCAA